AUGAAUAAAAAAUCCAUAUUUUUUGCUGCCAUCCUUUUAGGCUUGAUAAGUUGCUGUGAUGAUAACUAAACAUAGAUAACUACUCUAAGUGAUAGUUUUUGUAUUUGUAACUAGGGCUACUAUGGAGCAAUAGGGCAAUAAUGUUAAUAAUGCUCUUAAGGAACUACAUCUGGCUCACCUAAUUAAUAUCCUAAUACAUCUAUUGGCUACUGUAAAUAUUGUUUACAAAAUUACUUCAUGUCAAAAUCAGCUCCUAAACCAGGAGGUAGACGUUUCCUUUUAACUGAAUCUCCUGCUACCUGCAAUCCAUGUCCCUAAGGUUCAGGAAAUAGCAGUGGACCUGUUAGUGCUGGAGACGAAACUCAAUGCAACACAUGUUAACCUAAUUACUUUAUGACAGCUGGAGUUUCAAAUACUCAAGCAGCUUAAUGUUCUCCUUGCCUACUUAAUUCUGGUAACUAAGGUGUAAAUACUGCUGGAGAUUAAUCUUAAUGCAAUUAAUGCAAAGAUAAUUUCUAUAUGACUGCUCUUGCAUAACAAGGAUAAUCUGCUUAAUGUUCUCCUUGUCCUCCAAAUUCUUAUAAUAGUGCUCCAAAUUCUGUAGGUUUCUGUACAUGUUUUGAUUCAUUUGCCAUCCCUUUAUCAGCCACUCAAAAUUCUUGCGUUUGCUAAAGCGGGUAUGUAGGUAAUGUAGCUACAGUUAAAGGUUAAAAUGGAUGUUAUUAAUGUGGAAAUAAUUAAUUUAUUUCAGGAAAUAAAUGUGUGACUUGUGCAAACGGUUCAACAGUUAAUAAGGAUUUAACUGGUUGCACUUGUAGUGAUACAAGUGACGGUACUAUUGCUUGGAGCUCAAACACUAAUAUUUGUUAGUGCAAACCAAACUACUAUGGGUCACCUGAUAAAGCAUCUUAAGGUUACUCAGGAUCUUGCAAGCUGUGCCCUUAAGGUUCAACCUCUUAAGCUGGAUCUAAAACAGCAGAUUAAUGUUCUAAAUCUUCCUCAGAUAAUACUAAUCCAACUUCAAAAUCACUCUCUUUAAUAAUUUCUAAUUCUAUACUUAUUAGUUUUAUUUUUAUUAUAUUUUAUUGA